AAUUAAUUUCUCAGUCAACCUUCAGGACUUUAGUCAACCUUCAGGACCUUAGACUCUACAUCAGGACUUUAGUCUUGCCUACCUAGUAACCUGCUUUAUCAAACCUUGAGCGUUGUUUCUUAACUGAGCUGAAUCAUCUUCACAAAGGUUUUGCAACAUUGGUUUGUAGGGCUACCAACUGAAAUAGUGUCGUCUUGCAGUCGAUAUUCAGUAGGAACGAACCAAUCUCUAUUGACAAAAAUGGCCAGUGGUGGAAAUAAAAAGAAAGAGUUACGCACCCCAGACGAUUUCUUAGCAGAGUUACUUUGGACUGGAGUAACUGGCAGAACAUGGCCAAAUCGCACAUUUCUCAUUGUCUCUAUAAAAGCCAAAGACGGCAAACCCAUUUUCGGAAAACGCUUCAAAAACAGAUACCCUGAACAUGCAGAAAUAAUAAUGCUUAGAAACAGCAACUUUUCUGACGUAGUAGAGAAAAAUCAUGACAUCGACAUCACUCUGACUUUAAACUACUCCCCCUGUAGUAGCUGUGCAUGCAUUUUAAAAGAAUUUUAUGUAAAUAAUUCAAAUAUCAAAUGUUUCACCAUCCAGUUUUCAUUCAUAUAUUAUAAAGAAGAUAUGAAAAAUAAAACUGGCCUCCAAAACCUAGAAGAAGCAGGUGUAACCUUACAAGCUAUGAAUGCAGAGUCGUGGCGUGAAGUUGGAAUUGACCUUGAGUCUUUUACUCCCGAGGAUAAAGAAAAAAUAAAUAAAAGAGACAAAGACACUGCCAACGAUCUAAAUGAAGUGCUCUCAAGCAAGCAAGAUCAGGACGCGUCUGUUGAUGAAUUGUCUUCACAAUUGAACGCAAAGUUAAGAGCUAAGGAAACUUGAAACGAUGCAAGUCUACUUGGACCUGUGACUCUGAGAAAAUAGAUGGUCUUUGUAGCAGGCGCAGUUCUAAGCAGACUGUAGAAAGGAGAAAAAGUACUCUUGUUAAUAAGUGCAACUUGAAGAAAGUGCAAGCGGUAUCAAGUGUAAUAUGUCUGUUAUUGACCUCAGAGUUAUGUACUUUUCAUUAUCUGGCUUUCAUAACACAGUUAAAUAGUAGUUAGUGUAGAGAAUUCAUAGGUCAAGUGACUUUUCUCAUUGCUGUAAUUCAACAGUACUGUCUUUUAUUCAAUGAUCAUCAAGAUAAUAUGUUAACCAUAAAAUACCCGUAAUUAAUUAUUUUACUUGUAGUUUGGAAAGUAUAUUUAAUUUACGUUACGAUUGACUAAUAGGAAGUAUCCUUAAUGCAUGUAACGCUAUAUACUGUAACGCCAUACGCUACUGUUGGAAUAGGUCUGGUCAACUUCGAAUAACAUUGCAAGAUAAUUAAAAAAUUCCUUAAUAUUUCGUUUUUAA